AUGAAGUCAGCCUACGUGAUUUGCAUAUUACUGAGCAUAACGAUCAGUUCUCUAGCGUUAGACAACACCGAUGGUAAGAUUGCUGUAGCGCAGACACACAUAGGUGAAAUACAAGCAUCCAAUGUGAGCAAUAAAAGCAAUGAAACAACUAUCACUUCGCCUCCUUCAUCGACUACUAGUAGCACACAUAGUAGUACCGAAGUUACUACAGCUUCAACCUCGACUACUACUAAUAAGACAACAACGAUACCAGACAACACUAGUACAACUGCUGUUCCUACUCCCACUUCUACUACAACUACUACUAUUCCAACUACUAUUACUCAAAAAACAACAACUGCAAUACCAACAUCUUCAGUUAAACCUUCUACAGUUAUAUCAAGUAGCAGCGCACCAGAAGCACCAACAACAGCUGUGCCAUCACCUUCCAAGGACCGUCACUUUGAUGGACUAAGCUUCUUUGGUGGCAUUAUACUUGCUACAUGUCUGAUGGCAAUUGCGGUAUUCUCAUGGAAAUUCUACAGGCAAUGCAAUCAAGAAAAUUAUCGUACACUGUGAUAACUUUAAAUCUUUAUUGCAAUAGUAGGUCACAUGUUCCAUUAGUAAGUUAUUUGUUUUAAAGUUAAUUUAAUAAAAAAUUAUAUUGUGAAAAUAUUUAAUAGAGUAGUUUUAUUUUUUACAAAAAACAAUUGAUGACAUACAUGAAGCUUGAAACAAAAACAACUUACUGGUGGAACACAACUUGCUAGUUACACGUAUUAACAAACUUUCGAUAAUGGCUAAUUACUCGAAGUAAGAAACUCUAUAAAUAAUUAUUCUGUUACCGUAAUAAUAUUGCGUAUUUUUAUAACGCAAUUAAAUGUUUGUGCGUUAAGUGCUCUUAGUAAAGUCAUGCGCAAUUCUGAUUUAGUUUAUUUUAUUUUUUUUUUUUCUUACAAAAAUACAUCAAAUCUUGUAACUGCAAAAUCAUGCAUCACAAACUUCAUCUACUUAAACUGGAACAUCUAAAUAUUCGCAUGUCGAAACUUUGGCUGAUUUAGUUGCGAGCUUAAAACAUGCAAAUUUACACCGGCUUGAGAAGUUAAAACGUAACGUUUAGUUUAAUGCUCGAGAGUAACACGAGUUGCGUGUCUAUUAUUCGUUGCACACGAAUGCGAUCCGGUUCUACGAGUAUCUACUUAUACUUAGAUACGGGUUAUUAGAGAUAUCCAUGUAAUAUCCAAGAUGUCCACUAUCUCAGAAAAAAAUCUCAGGGAAUAUUUUUCUAUUUGGACGUAAGGUCAAGGAUUCAGAAAAUCUUUUUAAGCAAGAACACCCUGGGGAUACGAUUAGAACUUGUAGAACUACCAGCCAUAUGCAACGAGUAAGAAACGGUCAGAUAUCUACGUAAUAUGCUCGUGUUAUUUUUUUAACUGAUUGUAUGUUAAUUAAACAAUAACUAUCGUAAUUACAUUUCCGAUUUUACUGUUUGUUUAAUUGCAUUAAAUGUAUGAAUGUCA